AUGCCUUCGUCAAAAACUGACACCUCGCUGCGCUUUCCUGAAAGCGAUGAACAGAAGCGCCGCCUGCGUAACGUCACCCAGGACCAGAAAUCGGGCGCACGUUCGCAGGCCCAGGCCCAGACAGGCCAGCAAAAGGCCGAGGACACCACCACCUGGGGCCCUGAGCAGCUGCUGAGUACCCAUAUGAACUCCUCGGGCGACCCGGUGCCCGACCCGGUCUCCUUUGGUAAAGGAGCCAAGUCGAAGAAAAACAAGCAGACGGACGAUGACGCGGAUCUGUAUGAGGCGAUGACUGCAGAGUUUGAUUAG